AUGCUCUCCCGUGCUGUUCGCCCGGCCGUCAGGGCCGGCAGUGCUGUGGUCACUCGCACUGCUCCUCCCAAUGCCGCCAACUUCGCGACUCUGCGUGAAAUCGAGGGCCGUCUGAAGUCCAUCAAGAACAUCGAGAAGAUCACCAACACCAUGAAGGUCAUUGCCUCGACCCGUCUUACUCGCGCCCAGAAGGCCAUGGAGGAGUCCCGUGUCUACGGUCAGACCUCCAACACCGUGUUCGACCAGGCCGAGACGAAGCCCCUCGAGGACAAGAAGACUCUGUUCGUUGUCGCUUCCUCCGACAAGGGUCUUUGCGGUGGUAUUCACUCCGGUCUGAGCAAGGCCACCCGCCGUAUGCUCCAGCAGACGCCCGAGGCCGAUAUCGUUGUCCUGGGUGAGAAGGCCAAGGCCCAGCUGAGCCGUACCAACCCCAACAACUUGGUCCUCAGCUUCGCCAACGUCUGCAAGGAUAUCCCUACCUUCGCCGACGCCCAGGCCAUUGCCGACCAGAUCGCUCUGCUGCCCACCGACUACGCCAGCGUGAAGAUCAUCUACAACAAGUUCCUCAACGCUCAGAGCUACGAGCCUGCCACCGUCGAGGCUUUCUCCGAGGAGGCCAUCACUCAGUCCGCCAACAUCUCUGCUUUUGAGGUUGACGACCAGACUCUCGCCCACCUCCGCGAGUACUCCCUUGCCAACAGCCUGUUCUGGGCUAUGGCUGAAGGCCACGCUUGUGAAAUCUCUAACGCCUCGAAGAACGCCGGAGAGAUGAUCAACAAGUUCCAGAUCCUGUACAACCGUCAGCGUCAAGCCGCCAUUACCGGUGAACUGGUUGAGAUUAUCACUGGUGCCACCGCCAGUGCUGAUAUGUAA